GUCACAAUACUACUGGCGAGAAAUACGCGCUCUAGUUUCCUGAAGGAGGCGUUACAUAAAUGACAGUAGUGACAUAACUUUUAAACGUUCAAACAACACACUGCUAGUGCUUGUGCCAGCGCGUGGGAUUCUAAAAACCUCUUUUUGCACGUGGAAUUGCCUUUCUUCUCUCCAGUAUGUCUGAUGCUAUUAAAAAUGUGGCAAUAUUCGGCAGCACGGGGAUGACGGGGUCAGCGACCUUACCUAUCGCAGUGGCCGCAGGUUACAAUGUGACUGUGCUGGUGAGAGACGCUGCACGGCUUCCUCCAGACCACAAGGCCUCCAGAGUAGUGGUGGGAGACGUUCUGAACAAAGAUGAUGUGAAGAAGACCCUGGAGGGCCAGGAUGCGGUCAUCAUCAUUCUGGGGACAAGAAAUGAUCUCAGUCCCACAACGAUGAUGUCUGAGGGAACCCGGAACAUUCUGGAGGUCAUGAAAGCCCGCGGAAUCCGCAAAGUUAUUGCGUGCAUGUCAGCGUUCCUCCUGUGGGAUCGUGCCAAAGUUCCUCCUCGCCUGUUGCCGGUCACUGAAGAUCAUGACCGAAUGUACACCGUCCUGAAAGAGUCAGGAUUGGACUAUGUAGCUGUCAUGCCGCCGCAUAUUGCUGGUGACAAACCUCUGACAGAAAAAUACACUGUGACUGAGAACAUGUUAAAAGGAAGAGUCAUCUCCAAAUAUGACCUGGGCCAUUUCUUUGUCAAGUGCCUUUCCAUUUCUGAAUGGAAAUAAAAAACGUAC